AUGAAGCUGCAGGCUGUGAUGGAGACGCUCUUGCAGCGGCAGCAGCGGGCGCGCCAGGAGCUGGAGGCCCGGCAGCAGCCGCCACCUGACACCCCUGCCUGCCCCCCGGCCCGGGCUCGGGCCGCCCUGGACGAGGACAGAGAGCCUGAUGUGCGGAUGCAGCGGGCCCAGAUGGCUGCACUGGCCGCCAUGAGGGCCGCAGCCGCCGGCCUUGGACAUCCACCCAGCCCUGGCGGCUCUGAGGAUGGGCCCCCAGGCUCUGAGGAUGAGGACAUGGCCCGGGAGGGGGCACUGGGCUCACCCGCCAAGCCCAGCCGAGGCAGGGAAGGGCCAGGAGACGAGCACUUCGAGGAGCUGGGCUCGGACGAGGACCUGAAGCCGAAAUGGGAAGAGGAGGAGGAGCUUGAGGAAGACCUGGUGGAGGAGGAGGAGGAAGAGGAGGAAGAGGAGGAGGAGGAGGAGGAUUACGAAGAAGAGGAGGAGGAUGAGGAGGGGCUGGGGCCCCGGGGCCCUGCCGGCCUGGGCUCUGCUGCCCUGUUCCCCCGCAAGGCCCAGCCGCCCCAGGCCUUCCGCGGCGACGGCUUUCCCAGGGCACUGGGGGGCCAGGAGCGGCCGGGGCCUAGCCCUGCCCACCCCGGGGGGGCCGCCCACGUGGCGCCCCAGCUGCAGCCACCAGACCACGGGGACUGGACAUACGAGGAGCAGUUCAAACAGCUCUACGAACUCGACGGGGACCCCAAAAGGAAGGAAUUCUUGGACGACCUGUUCAGCUUCAUGCAGAAGCGAGGGACGCCCGUGAACAGGAUCCCCAUCAUGGCCAAGCAGGUGCUGGACCUGUUCAUGCUGUAUGUGCUGGUGACGGAGAAGGGCGGCCUCGUGGAGGUCAUCAACAAGAAGCUGUGGCGUGAGAUCACCAAGGGCCUCAACCUGCCCACUUCCAUCACCAGCGCCGCCUUCACCCUGCGCACACAAUACAUGAAGUACCUGUACCCCUACGAGUGUGAGAAGCGAGGACUCAGCAACCCCAACGAGCUCCAGGCAGCCAUAGACAGCAACCGGCGGGAGGGCCGGCGCCAGAGCUUCGGGGGCUCCCUGUUUGCCUACUCGCCAGGCGGGGCGCACGGCAUGCUCUCCUCGCCCAAGCUGCCUGUGUCCUCCCUGGGCCUGGCUGCCAGCACCAAUGGCAGCUCUAUCACCCCAGCCCCAAAGAUCAAGAAAGAGGAGGACUCAGCCAUCCCCAUCACGGUCCCCGGCCGCCUGCCCGUGUCCCUUGCAGGCCACCCCGUGGUGGCAGCUCAGGCAGCAGCAGUGCAAGCGGCAGCUGCCCAAGCAGCUGUGGCAGCACAGGCAGCUGCCCUGGAGCAGCUGCGGGAGAAGCUGGAGUCUGGGGAGCCUCCCGAGAAGAAGAUGGCCCUGGUGGCUGAUGAGCAGCAACGGCUCAUGCAACGAGCUCUGCAGCAGAACUUCCUGGCCAUGACAGCCCAGCUGCCCAUGAGCAUACGGAUCAACAGCCAAGCCUCCGAGAGCCGCCAGGACUCAGCCGUGAGCUUGACCAGCACCAACGGCAGCAACAGUAUUAGCAUGUCUGUCGAGAUCAACGGCGUCAUGUACACAGGAGUGCUAUUUGCUCAGCCGCCGGCACCCACGCCACCCUUGGCUUCCAGCAAAGGCGGCGGUGGAGGUGGCAGUGGCAGCGGUGGUGCUGGCAGUGGUGGCGGGAGCAGCGGGAGCAGCGGGACCAGCAGCAGCAACCACCCAGGCAGCCGGGGAGCAAACACCGGGACCAGCAACAGCGGGGGCAGCCAGGCCGGGCCAGCAGGGUCGUCUGCAGUCCCCACAUCUUCUACCUCAAAUAACUCUACGUUGCCUUAACCGCCUCACUCCCCGCCCACCACGUCCUGCUCCCCAGGAGCCCGCCAGACCGGGCAGUGGGGGGGGUCGAGGGGGGCCAGGCAGGGGCCAGGAUGGCGGAAGAUACGGGUGGGGAGGGAAGCUAUCCACAGAGGAGCCACAGCUGACGCC